GAGAAAUCUCGUGUAUCUACCUGCAAAAGGCACCCUCACAUAUCUCGCGCGCACCACCACCGACGUCUCCGGCGACCACAGCGCCGCCGGCCAUGCCGUCCUCCUACGCCGCCGCCGCUGCCGGAACCUCUUCCCGAAAGCCGAAUCGCAUUGUCACCGCCGCCGUAGGCGCCGCACGUCCGGCACCGGCGCCUGCGCCCACGGCGGCAAACCCUAGCGCCGUCUCCGACUCCGACCCCUCUUCCUACUCCUCCUCCUCCGCGGACGAGGCCGAUCUCACCGCCUGCGACUCGGCGACCGCCUCCGUCGUCUCCUCCUACCUCUCCGUCGCCGGCGACGGGGCCGACCUCUCGAAGGUCGGCAUUUUCCUCUCCUCCGCCGCUCGCCGCCGAUCGCAGCCGUGCAUGAUCUGCUUCGACCCUAUCCGCCCCUCGGACCCAGUCUGGUCCUGCCGCUCCUGCUUUGCCAUACUCCACCUCCCCUGCAUCCAGUCAUGGGCCCAUCAGUCAUCCACCGCCGCGCCCUGCCCAACCUGGGGCUGCCCCAAGUGCCGCUUCACCUACCCCAAAUCCCAGACCCCCACCUCCUACCUCUGCUUCUGCUCCAAGACUGUAGACCCGGCUCCAGACCCCUGGAUCCUCCCCCACUCUUGUGGCGACGUCUGCGGUCGCCGCCUCAAUGCAAAUCCCGACUCUGGCUGUGAGCACGCCUGCCUCCUGCUGUGCCACCCAGGGCCAUGCCCACCAUGCCCGGCCGUUGUCCCUAAUGCACGGUGCUUUUGUGGGGCGCUCCGGGAGCCCCGGCGCUGUGCACAUCAGCGUUAUUCUUGUGCGGGGAAAUGUAAUAAACGUCUUAGCUGUGGACUCCACCGGUGUCCGGUGGAUUGCCAUGACGGGCCCUGCCCGCCAUGUGUAGUGCGGGGGAAUCACAAAUGUGAGUGUGGCGAGACAAUGGAGGAGAGGUUGUGCUCAGAAAGAGUUUUCCAGUGCAAGAGGGAGUGUGGUGGGAUGUUGGAUUGCAGGAAGCAUAGCUGUGAGAGAGGGUGCCAUGGCGGGAAGUGUGGGGAAUGCCCGCUCCGAGGUCGGCGCACUUGUCCAUGUGGGAAGAAAGAUUAUCCAAGGUUGGAGUGUGAUGCAGAGGCUGCCACAUGUGGAUCAACUUGCGAGAAGGUGCUUGGGUGUGGGCGACACAAGUGCCCUGAGCGGUGCCAUCGUGGUCCUUGUGAUGAGACUUGCCGGCUUGUGAUCACAAAGUCCUGCCGUUGUGGGUGUCUGAAGAAAGAGGUGCCGUGCUACCAAGAAUUGACAUGUGAAAGAAAAUGUCAGCGUUUGCGUAACUGUGGCCGCCAUGCUUGUAAACGACGUUGCUGUGCUGGGGAUUGUCCUCCCUGCUCAGAGAUUUGUGAUAGGAAGCUCAGAUGUGGCAACCAUAAAUGCCAUUCUCCAUGCCACAGAGGUGCCUGUUCACCUUGUCCUCUGAUGAAGAUCAUUUCAUGCGCUUGUGGGAAAACAUUUUUUGAGGUUCCUUGUGGGACUGAAAAGAAUCAGAAACCACCCAAAUGCUCAAAGAAAUGCAAUAUAGCUCGCCUUUGCAGGCACAAGUUUGAAUGCCGGCCCCACAAAUGCCACUAUGGAGCCUGUCCACCUUGCAAACUGACCUGUGGAGAAGAACUUUCUUGUGGCCACAGGUGUAAAGAAAGGUGUCAUGGCCCUAUUCCUCCUCCAAACCCUGAGUUCACACUAAAACCAACAAAAAAGAAAAUGGAAAAAAACAUAGAAUGUACUCCUGGAACACCGUGCCCACCAUGCAAAGAGGUGGUUUUGGUGCCAUGCUUUGGACAGCAUCUUGGCCAAGAACGUUCUAUGCUUUGUUCCAAAUGGAGGCCAUUUCCCUGUCAAAAUUUAUGUGGAAAUCCUCUCCGUUGUGGCAACCAUUAUUGUACAAAGUCCUGCCAUGUGCUAGAGGUCCCAUUGAAUCAGCCUGAAGGAGAUACUAUAGUAUCUCUCAGUAGAGAGAACGUACUCACUGAGCCUUGUGAAGAAUGCGAUCUUCCUUGUCAAAGGGUUAGAGAGCCUCCUUGUUCACAUCCUUGCCCUUUGCCCUGCCAUUUGAGCGAUUGUCCACCUUGCAAAGUCCUUGUUAAAAGACCAUGCCAUUGUGGUGCUAUGGUACAUGCUUUUGAGUGUGUGUAUUUUAACAACUUAAAUGCUAAGGAGCAGCUUAAAGUAAGGUCAUGCGGUGGCCCAUGUCAUAGGAAAUUACCAAAUUGCCUCCAUCUGUGCUCAGAAGUAUGCCACCCUGGUCAGUGCCCGUCAGUUGAUCAAUGCAUGAAAAAGGUCAAUGUCCGUUGUGCUUGCAACACUCUGAAAAAAGAGUGGAUAUGUCAAGAUGUCCUCAAGGAAUAUCGUAAGUCUGGUCGUGAUCCAAAAGAAGUACCUAAAAGUCAGUUUGGAGUUGGCUUAAUUGCCUGUGGUGGAGAUUGCAUGAAAAAGGUAAAGGUGCCAGAUUCAGAGUUGCAUCUCCGGAAAAGUCAGGAAAGCAAGAACCCUGCUGUGGAAGUGGCAAAUGUGCCCAAACGCAGGAAGCGGCGUGACCGCGGACAAGAAGUUGUUCAGGCUUCCAAAUUCCAGGAAGUCAAGACUUAUGUGUUGAGGGUGCUACUGAUUAUUUUGCUAUUGAUAAUCGUUGCUGCUGGAUUGUACCUGCUGUGGAAGGGUGUAUUCCGGCUUUCUGAUUGGAUGAACGAAAUGGAAGCGCAGAGGGCCAGACAAGGACAUCCGAGGGUUGCGGUGUUGUAAAAAUAGGAUUAUGAGUUCUUUUGCGCCCAAUUAUCUGUGUCGGAGAUGUAGAUCAAUAAAUAGCGCUUAGGGAUUCAGUUUUGGGGGAUUGGAAUCAUGAUAGGGAAAGAUGUUGUUUUAUUUCUUGUAUCAUUAUAAAGUAACUUUUUUUUUUUGCACGUGUAUUGUUGUAAAGGAACAUAUGCUGUCUUGUAAUAUAGCCAACUGCAUUUCUAUACUUCCUAUGCCAGCGCACUGCUGCCGGCAGAUUGUAAUAAUCAUUUCAAACACUUGAGAAAUAGCAAAAGUGAUAAGGAUUUGCUGU